AUGAAUAUUGCACCAACGUCCCAGGGAGUUACACCUGUACAAACUCAAGUAAUUGUCACUUCAAAUGUUAACUUUUCAAAGUUUCUCAUUACCUUGUCCGACGGAACUGCAACACCUCUUCCAGCACCUCUUCUGUGGUGUGUUCCACACAAUAAAUGUGACAGCAAUCCGUGUGGUUCAAACUCCCACUGCCAGACCACACCCGGCAGUUACGAAUGCGUCUGCAAUGAUGGGUACGAAAAAGUCAACGGGAAUUGUGUUGAUAUUAAUGAAUGUGACUCAGGCAACAAUGCUUGUCUAAGCAAUGAAGAUUGCACCAACGUUCCAGGGAGUUACACCUGUACAAACCGGUGCGGGCCAGGCUUGACAUACCUGCCUGUGAACGACAGGUGUGGCAAGCUCCUCUCUGGGAAUAUGACCUACGAUGAAGGGAGGACGAUGUGCUUCAAAAUUUCGCUCUACGAGGGUGAUAUAAACUCAAAAGCAGAAGUCAACGGUUACGGUGAGGCUUUCUUGCCCAACGUUGGAGAUAUCGCCUGGAUCCACAGUGUGCCAUUCUCCGUGCUCGAUAAGUGCGAGACCCUGACGAAGGCAAAUAGUACCUCCUAUGUAGUUGGAAAUCUUGACUGUAACGUCAAGAUGAAUGCCAUCAUAUGUGACAGCGUAGGGGGGGUGUAGUGGGCGAUUUCCAGUGAUGUCAACUCUCCAUGGCUCAUUUCCCGAAGAGAAAUGAUUUGAUAUUGAAAAUGUUUCACCCUGGUGUUUUGUGGGGAAAAUUAUAGAUAUCUGAAUUCCUUGUAACGUCUCUUUGUUCUUCAAAUAAAAGUGUGAUUGACGU